AUGUUCCAAAGAACUUUCCUCAGACAGGCCCAGGCUGCCAAGUCCGUUCUCUCUGUCCGCGCCACAUCUACCACACCCUCAGUCAUCCGCCGCACGUCACAGUUGCAACCACAGCUGCAGUCUGUUCGGCCGUUUGUUCGUCAGCCGACUUACCGCUUCUACUCGACAGAGAAUCAAACUCAGAACGCUGAGAAGACCGAGGCCAAGGAAAAUGAAGCUGCUGGGGAAUCCUCGGAGGAGAGCCUCCGCAAGGAACUGGAGGCAAAGCAGAAGGAAAUCGUUGAUCUGAAGGAUAAAUACAUGCGUUCCGUUGCGGACUUCCUCAACCUGCAAGAACGCACCAAGCGUGAAAUGGAUAAUGCCCGGAAUUUCGCCAUUCAGCGGUUCGCUGUCGACUUGCUUGAGAGCAUUGACAACUUCGACCGGGCUCUCCUUGCUGUUCCUGCGGAGAAGCUUGACGCCGAAGUGACUGAGUCCAACAAGGAGCUGAUGGACCUCGUGUCCGGCCUGAAGAUGACCCAGAACAUCCUGCUGAACACCCUGAAGAAGCACGGUCUGGAGAGAUUCGAUCCCAGUGAGCCCACUGAGGACGGCAAGCCCCAGAAGUUCGACCCCAACGUCCAUGAGGCCACAUUCAUGACCAAGGUCGAGGGUAGAGAGGAUGGCGAGAUCAUCCACACACAGAGCACCGGCUUCAAGCUCAAUGGCAGGGUUUUGAGAGCUGCCAAGGUCGGUGUUGUCAAGAACAACUAG